AUGGUAGCACCCACUCGCUCAGACACCCUCAGCGACAGCUGGAGGGAUGGUAUCUUCAACGGCAAAGUCGUCUUCUGCACCGGCGGAGCAGGCGACAUUUGCAGUGGCCAGGUGAGGGCCAUGGUCUUCUUGGGGGCGGACGCUUGCAUCAUCGGUCGCAACGUCCAAAAGACGGAGAGCAUGGCCAAGAAUCUGGCGGCGUCCCGGCCAGGUGCUCAAGUGCUCGGUUACGGGGGUGUCGAUGUUCGAGACUACAACAGUCUCCAGAGCGCAGUGGAUCGCUGUGUGGCCGCCUUAGGAGGCAUCGACUUCGUCAUUGCCGGCGCGGCGGGAACCUUUCUGUCGCCCAUUACUUCGCUCUCCCCCGCGGCGUUCAAGGCCGUGGUGGACAUUGAUCUCGUCGGCUCGUAUAACACCCUGAAGGCCACACUGCCUGCUCUGGAGAAAUCGGCAUCGAAACAUACCCACGACGGAGGCAGAACCCCAGCCUCUGGCACCGGUGGCAGGAUCAUCUUCAUCAGCGCGACUCUUCACUACCGAGGCACGGCGCUGAUAACGCAUGGCAGCGCCGCAAAGGCCGGCGUCGACACUCUGUCCUCUUGCACCGCCAUCGAAUUCGGGCCGCGGGGCAUCACGUCCAAUAUCAUCGCACCAGGGCCGAUCGCUGCAACCGAGGGCACAAUGCGGCUGAUGCGGUUGAAACGGGGCGAGAAUCCCAUGAAAGGCAUUCCCGCCGGCCGAUGGGGGACGGUCAAGGACGUGGCCGACGCGACCAUCUACCUGUUUGCUGACACAGGCAGCUAUAUGAAUGGAACCAUCAUCGUUGUCGAUGGAGGUCACUGGAGAACCCAUGGGGCAAACGACAAUGCCGACUUUCCCUACCCGAAUUUCCUGUUAUCGAGGAACAUCACCGGCGUCGGAGAUGCCAAAUUGUGACUUUUCCGGGCGUUGUUGAUCUCGGGUAGCUUUCCUCUUGAAAGGGGCAUGUCUCAGUGGCGGCCGUUGUGGAGCUACGGAUGUAGUAUUGUACGUUGGCGUUGAUUCUCGGAUUUGCCAC